AGCUAUGGUUAUGGUUUUCGAAAAAGCGGGUGAUUAGUUUAUAAUUUUGCUUGUUACGAAACAGUCGCAUGUCGUUGUCGAAAUCAAAGGAUUUUUACGAGUGUACGAUCUUUAUACCCACGCAUUAUCCUUUAUAUAAGAACGUAGUCUACGAAACAGUGCAAAAAUAAACUCGAAGUGGAUAAGUCAGCAUCUAAAUAUGUGCGUUUAUUUUAAUGUUAUUUUUGUGUGAGCUAAUAACUAAUUACAUACGUAAAUAUGUACAUGUGUGUGCGGGUAUAAAUAGUUUUUGUUUUUAGUAAAAAAUUUUCAUUUGUGUUAAACAUUAAACGAUAACAACCAUCGCGAGUGCCUAAGGCUUGUUAGUCCUAUUUAUCAAUAUUCAUCAAUGUUGUAAUAUUAAUCACAAUCAAAAUGAUAAUUUAAAAGUUUAUUCAACUAUUGUGCUCAUACAUAAAAAUGUAAACACGACCGACAUGGUGUAAUCGCCUACAAAGAUCAUAGAUUUAUUUCAGCGCUGUGGGAGCUGUAUAAUACGAGCAAUUCCUGUGUGGAUUUGAAACAAAACUUGGCGCAAUAAAAUAAUUGGUUAAUAAAGCUUUUAAUUUCAAUAAGAAAUACUAAGUUAAUGAUGAAAGUAGUAAUGCUGAUAACACACAGUUGAAAACAGUUGAUAAUCGGCGUUCUUGGCGGUAACAUUAAAAUUUAUCCGAAAUGUGGAAUAUUAAUGCUGGUCGAAUGUAUUCGUGAAAUAUUUUUAUAAAAGAGACUUUUAUGGCAAUUUGAUGGGUGCUACAUGAAAUUAUUUCAAAUAAUUUUCUUUUGAAAGUGCACAAAACAGCUGCAGGCAGCAUCUACCAAUCGUACAUGCGGUUGGAAUACACAUACAUUCGUAUAACACGGAACGCUGACUUUCAGUUAUACCCACUCACACACACCUUCAAAUCACACCUGAAUUCAGCGAAUGCAUGUACUCGUAUGAACUCGUACUCGUAAACUCGUAGACUUUCCUUUGCCAGUACAUUAAUUAUACCAAAUGAUGUUAAGUGGCGACAUAAAUGCUCAACCAUCAAAUGCUAACAUAAAGUCUCUACAGAGCAAUAAUAACAUUAAUUUGAAUACAAAUAAAAAAAUUAAAAGUUUACAUGAACUAUUGCUGGAAAUAUUGGAUGCGUCAUUAUCAUGUGUUAUAGUGGCACCUUGCGUCAUUGCCUAUUGGCGCGGCACCUGGGAGCUAAUGGGUAUUCUACUAUUUCCGCAGAAUUUGCCGCUAUCUGCAUUGAUGUCCUUCUGUAUAGGAUUUAUGGGUCAUUUCAUAUUUACAAUUACUCAAACAUUCUUUCGAAGAUAUAUCCAUCCUGACAAGCGUCGCCUUACAUAUUAUGUUAUUUCGCGUUGUUACACGGCAAUCUUUGGUGUGGUGUGUGUGAAUAUGUGGCGUGGCUCGUGGAUUCUCUGUGAUUGGCUAACCAGUGCGGACUCAUUAAUUAUAAUUACGAUCGUAACGGUAGUGUCCUUAAUGUUUCUAAUUGCAACACGAACUGUACGAAAUCUAGGUGCCGCCCCCUAUACAGUUGCAAUGGAUCACAAAGCUGAUUAUUUUGAUGUGGACACAAUGUUCAAAAUACCGGGUUUUCAUCAGCCUGGAUUAUACGUAUUGGACACUUUAUUUUCCGUUUUAGUCAUUGGUACUUUAGUUGUUAUUGUAUGGAGAGGAGUAUGGGGUAUAAUGGAUAUAACAUUUUAUCCCUUCAAUAGAACAAAAUCGUCUUGGAGCUCAUUGAUCCUUGGCUAUAGCACAGUCAUCAUCACGUUCAUUAUUAGGCCGAUUAUACGAUGUGUAUGCAAAAAAAUUGACGGAGUCUGUAAAUUGAUUAUUUGCGACAUGUUCUAUUUUUUAAUUUUUUUCGGCGCUGUGAACGCAUGGCGCGGUAUUUGGAAUCUACUGGAUAUAUACGUGUACCCAGACAACAAGGUGCUAAGUUAUUGGUUAACUCAUCUCAUACCAUUCCUUGUACUAGCUGCCCUCAAAUGCUCAAAUUCCGUACUAGUUCGCGGUGUUUUCAUUGACGCAGAAGGUUCACCCGAUGAAUGUGUCCAAAUACCGAUAAACUAUGUUAAACUACAUUUUGAACGUGAACGCAGUAAAAAAUCGGUUUAUAAAUGUCAUCAGACGAAUAUUAUGAAAAGAGCGAAUAAGGACGCGCAAAUCAGAUUAAUCGAGAAAUCGGACAAAAUAGAGAUUAAGGCACAACCUGAUAGAGAUUUAGUUCGUAAUGUGUAAUUAUAAGUAUUUACAUUUGUAUGUAUGUUAAUGCACAUAGAAUAUUUCAAAAUAUGUACAUAAGACAACCAAGAAAAAUGAA